AUGAAGAUCAAAUGCACCUACGAAGAUUGCCACCAGCACUUCAACACCAAGGAGGCCAUGAUUCAACACAAGGAGGUAGCGAUCUAUCACUCGUACUGCAAGCGAUGCGACGUCGACUGUGAAAAUGACAUGUUCUUUUUCAUCCAUCAGCUUGGAAGCCCAGCCCACAUCUGCUGUCCGAUUUGUGGGAAGGAGUUCAAGAGCACGAUUACCAGAGACAAUCAUGUGGAAAGUCAACAUCGUUCUGCUCAGAACAUUGGAUGUGCUGGUUGCGGAGAGAUGUGUCGAUCGGCCGCGGCACUGAUACGGCACAUCGAACAGGACGAAUGCAAAGUCAUUCGGCUGACGGAUUUUCAGAUGCAGCGAGCCGAACGCCAGAUCCAGAAAGACGCAUGGAAGGCGGAAACAGAUCCAUUUAUUGUCAAUCAAUCGACCUGCGACGAGAAGAGUGCCACCAACAACGGUUGGCCCGACCUAUUGAGUGGUAUGACAGCCCAUGAGUCUGGGAGAUCGCUCAGCAACACCCUCAGCGGCCCAAUCUCGACUGCAUCGCACGAACAAUUUCCACCACUCUCAAAAUCUCAAGCCUCGAAGAUGGCCAAUCUCAAUUCUGGUUCACAGCAAGCUGGUCUUGGGGUUAGAACCUUUCGUAACUUCGUCGACCUCGACCCCCCUGUUGAAAAAGCUAUUUCGAGCUUACACAUCUCCCAGCCGGCAUGGGACAUACCACCAAAAGGUGGUUCAUCACAAGGCAGUGCCAACACUAACACUGGAAUGGUCACGGGAUGGCUUAAGGCGGUCACGGGCGCGGCUGAACUACCAUCUGAUGACGCGAGCGAGGUUGCCUCAAUGUACGACAGAAAGGCGCCGUCAUCCGAGGACACUGAGCAAAUCCCACCAACUUCAUGGGCAAAGGCGAAUCCGAAUGCUCCUCGUCAACAUAUCGUCCAACUGCCUGCUCACUCCAUCGUUUCGACGAAUGCUCAAUUCGAGAUCGAAAAGUAUUGGGAUGCCAUCCGCCAAGUGUAUUCUUGUCCCACCAUCAAGUGCAAACGUCAAUUCAAGACGCCCGCCCAAUUUAGAGAGCACCUGCUGUCCUCAUCACACAUUGGUGGUCAGGUCACCUGUCCCUUGUGCUUGAAGUUGUUUGCGACCACCUCAGCUUGGGUGGCCCAUACCGAGUCUGCAAGUAAGCGUUGUGAUAUCCGCAACAGUGCCAACUUCAAUCAGAUUAUGCGAGAAAUCACCGGUGGAGUCCUGGGAACACGCGGAUACAAUGACAACGGCACGGUCAAGUUCGUGGCACCAAAGAUUGAAGAUUGGUGA